AUGGACGGUGAAAAUAAACCGGAUACCACAAAUCCGUCGCAGGAAAACAGCAAUGAAAAUAAUCAACGGCCAGGACAAAACCAAGGUGGCGGAGGUGGAGGUGGAGGCGGUGGAAACCGCGGUGGAGGACGUGGUAGAAAAGGCUCUAGAUUUUCUGGUGGCCGUGGAGGUGGCGGUCAAAGAAAUAAUAAUGAUAUGCAGAUGAAAAUGAGUGAUUCCAUGAUGGAUGAUCAAAACAUGCAAGAUAACAUGGGAGGAGCAGGUCUAAUGGGUGCUGGUCCCCAAGAUCAUGAUGGUGGUGGUGGCGGCGGCGGUGGUAGAGGAGGUGGCGGUGGACGAGGUAGUGGUGGUGGCCGCGGAGGCGGACGAGGAGGCCGUGGAGGUGGCGGCGGUGGCGGUGACAGAAACAUGGGAAACCGAUCACAAGAAGACCGCUUAAUGGAGAGAAUAAUGAGUCUUAAUGGUCCAACCCACGAUCUUCCACCCCAAGAUACUGCUGAGAAAAAAUUCAGCGGCCGCAAUCGACUCUACGUAGGAAACCUCACCAAUGAUAUCUCUGAAGAAGAAAUAAAAAAUAUGUUCAGUCCUUACGGUGAAAUAUCAGAGCUCUUCGUCAACAAAGAGAAGAAUUUCGCUUUUCUGAGAAUGGAUUACAGAAUAAACGCCGAAAAAGCGAAGCACGAAUUGGAUGGAACAAUGCGUAAAGGCCGUCCAAUUAGAGUGAGAUUCUCUCCUCACUCUUCAGCUAUAAAAGUAAAAAAUCUAACGCCUUGGGUGUCCAACGAGCUUUUGGAGAAGUCAUUCAGUGUCUUUGGCGAAAUAGAGCGGGCGAUUGUAAUCGUUGAUGACAGAGGAAAGAGCAUGGGCGAAGGCAUCGUCGAAUAUGUCCGAAAACCAUCGGCUUUAAUGGCUCUAAGAAAAUGUAACGAAGGCUGCUACUUCCUCACCGCAUCAUUGAGACCGGUUGUCGUUGAAUCGCUCGAACAGCAAGACGACAUUGACGGUUACCCAGACAAAAAUAUUCAGCGUAAGAAUCCGGAAUUUUUCAAAGCCCGUGAAAUUGGACCACGCUUUGCCCACCCAGGUAGCUUUGAACACGAGUACGGUACCAGGUGGAAACAAUUGCAUGAGUUGUACAAACAAAAGGAGAAAGCUCUGAAACGCGAAAUGGCCAUGGAAGAAGAGAAGCUUGAAGCUCAAAUGGAAUUCGCUAGAUACGAACAUGAAACUGAGUUACUUCGAGAACAAUUGCGUCUUCGUGAGGCUGAUCGUGAACGACAAAAACGCGAAUGGGAAAUGAAAGAAAGACAAGCCCAAGAGCGCCGUUCGCGUGAGGAAGAAGUCCAGCGUCGUCAGCAAGAAGAAAUGGCGAUGCGCAUUCGUCGACAAGAAGAAGAAUUACACAGACGUCAGCAAGAAAAUAAUCUCUUCAUGCAGGAACAAGCCAUGCGUGGAGGUGGUGGUGGUGGUGGAGGUGGUGGCGGCGGCAGCGGUGGUGGAAAAAACUAUGACACCGCUGGAUCCUAAAUCGUUCAUGGACGCGUAUAAUAAUAUGGAUCGCACGAAUCACGGUAGCGGGGGUUACGAUGAUCGUGGACCAAUAAUGGAUCUUAUGGAUAUGCGGGUUGAUAUGAACAACAUGGGUGGCGGUGUUGGUGGUAAUAAUCGUGGUAAUAACGGCGUCGGCGGUGGUCGUUGGCAAGGUGGUGGCAAUGACCGUAAUCGCCAGGAAGACUUUCCAAAUAAGCGACGACGUUAUUAG